GAGGGGAAGGGGAUCAGGUCCUGCGGUUCUUCUCUCCCUCUGAGGCCUGGACCAAGGCAGAUGGACAAAGAUCUUUAAUGCUGGUACAAACUGCAAGUCCCAGAAUUCAGUAGAACUAUAAAUCCCAGAAUUCAGUAGACUGAAACCAUGGCAGUUAAAGUGGUGUCAAACUGCCUUAUUUCUACAGCAGUGAUUCCCAAAGCCUAGUCUUUAGCUCCCAGAAUCCCUGACCAUUGGCUAAGAUGGCUGAGGCUUCUGGGAGCUGAAGUCCAAAACACCUGGAAGACCAGAAUCACUGUUCUGCAGCGUAGGUGCUCCCUUGCGUUCCCAUUGCUGGCUGCUGAGGGGUCUAUGAAAGAUGAAGACCUCUGUCUGAGCAUGCACUCCUUUUCUGUGGCUAAAUGCAUGCACCUGUAAUUGAAUCGUCUCUGUAAGAAAACCAAAACGUUGGAAUCGGGAUGUUCUUAUUGCCCCAGUUCAUCCUAUUACACAACACUUUGCAUGAUUUGGCAGAGCAGGAGGAAAGCUCAUUUUCAAGUGUACAGAUCUGCCUACAUCAAACCUAGAUGGCAGCCACUUUCAAGACUGUAACGUUCAAGCACAAGAUAUAUACAUUCAGCCAUAUUCCUCCAUCCUCCCUGUAUCCACCAAAGCCUCUGUUGUCUGCAGACUUACUGGAGAUGACUGUGAUAAGUGGCCUCAUCAUGUUCUUACUGUUCUUCUCAGAGCUCCAGUACUAUCUCACAAAAGAGGUUCACCCUGAAUUAUAUGUUGACAAAUCACGGGGAGACAAGCUGCGAAUAAACAUAGAUGUUGUCUUUCCACAUAUGCCAUGUGCUUAUUUGAGCAUCGAUGCAAUGGAUGUGGCUGGAGAGCAACAACUAGAUGUUGAACACAAUCUCUUCAAACAACGCUUGGAUAAAGAUGAACUAGGAAAAGAAGAGGAGACAAUAUUUGAUCCAAACUCUUUAGAUCCUGAUCGCUGUGAAAGCUGUUAUGGAGCAGAGUCUGAGGACAUCAAAUGUUGUAAUACUUGUGAUGAUGUGCGAGAAGCAUACAGGCGACGAGGCUGGGCCUUCAAGAACCCAGACACCAUAGAACAAUGCAAGAGGGAAGGGUUUAGCCAGAAGAUGCAAGAGCAGAAAAAUGAAGGGUGCAAAGUGUAUGGAUUCCUAGAAGUUAACAAAGUAGCUGGCAAUUUUCACUUUGCACCAGGAAAAAGCUUUCAGCAGUCUCAUGUUCAUGUGCACGCUGUUGAGAUUCAUGAUCUGCAGAGCUUUGGACUUGAUAAUAUAAACAUGACCCACAUUAUCAAGCACCUGUCAUUUGGGAGGGAUUAUCCUGGUAUUGUGAACCCGCUUGAUGGAACAGUGGUCACAGCCCAGCAAGCUUCCAUGAUGUUCCAAUACUUUGUGAAAGUGGUCCCUACAGUAUAUAUGAAGGUUGAUGGUGAGGUGGUCAGGACAAAUCAGUUUUCUGUAACCAGACAUGAAAAAAUAGCUAAUGGACUAAUUGGAGACCAGGGUUUACCUGGUGUAUUUGUGCUCUAUGAGCUUUCUCCAAUGAUGGUAAAACUAACAGAAAAACACAGGCCCUUUACACAUUUUCUCACAGGAGUCUGUGCCAUUAUUGGAGGUGUAUUUACAGUGGCAGGACUCAUUGACUCUUUGAUCUAUCAUUCUGCACGGGCCAUUCAGAAGAAAAUAGAACUUGGGAAAACAACAUAAAUUAGUAGCUGCACACCCUCUAAAGUACUUGAAGAGAAUAAAAACAACCAUUCUAAGGUCAAUGCCUGAUAGUGUGCCAAGAGAAGAUUUCUGGAAUUUGAAGAAACACUGAAAAUAGUUCCAAGUUGGAACAAAUGAAAAAGGGCAUUAAUUUAAACAUCCAUCUUUUGUGGCAGUUAUGGAGACUGUAGAUUUCAGUAAUUGUCUUAUAUGUUGGCAUAUCUCUCAGUUUCUAGUCUGAGUCAAAGAGCAGUGACCUCCAGAAUAUGGAACACGAGACCUUUUACAUGUGGUAAAAAAUAUUUUGUAUUUAAUUUGUAUCCAGUGAUACCUUUAGGAUGUGUGUUUGGAAGAGAUUCUCAGGAAAAAGUUUUAAUAAAGUCCCCUAAUAUUU